AGCUGUUUGGCUAGCUGGUCAACACUAAGAUAUGCCAGCACAAUGUAUUCAGAGUGCCGAUCUAUUUUUCUCUUAUGCAGUUACUUCUCAACAUUUAUGUUUGCCUAUUCCCAAAAGCUACUCGCAAGGCAUUGUCCUCAAGUUGUACCAAUAUCUGAUUUCGACCGGGACAGGUACAUGGGCGUCUGGUAUCAACAAGCUCAGUUCAAGUCUUUCCUAAGAGAGGAAGUUAUGUGCAAACACGUCGUCUACAAACCUGUGGGAGAGAACGGGUUUCGCCUUGAGGCUCGAAUGUUGGCAAGAGUGCUAAACGGGCCAGUAUCGAUAUACGGUGUUGCCAAGCCUAUUAGACCCUCAAACGAUUUAACAGGUGAAUAUGUGGUGACUAUGUUUGGGGAAGCGACGAACAAAGAUAUUUCUUACAAUAUAUUGUUCACCGAUUAUGAUAGGAUAUCCAUUGUUUGGAGUUGUGACUCGUUUUACAAGCUAUGGAGCAAGCAGAACAUUCAAGUGUUGACGAGAGACAGAAAGAUGAACUCGACGACGUUGUUGGCCUCAACGCUAAAGACACUGCUACCUCAGCAGCUGGACCAUUAUCUUGAUCUGCUAAGUCCGAUAGAUCAGAGUGAGUGUGAGGAAAUUUUGCCUCAGUGAUUGAGCAUCUUUUUUAUACAAUUAAAAUAAUUUAACAUAUUUUGUGGAAAGUUAAGUCAAUAGAUUGAGUUACUUAAGCACGACUAUUAGUUCUAACUAUUGCUGAAAUCAUCUUGGUUAAACCUAGAUUGAGGAAUAGUAUAUUUCAUGAUUUGUACAAUACCGAAAGUGGCAUUUUCCAGAGCAAGCUCAAGUUUCAUGUGUGAGGCGCUGUAAAGCAAAUGACAGUAAUAAUUAGAGCAAGUGCUGGAAAAUAACUUUCGGUUCAAGCUAUGAACGAUACUAUUCAUCAAGACGCAAAAAUACUCAAAAAAUUACAGACCUCAGUAAAAUUAAAACUAUUAUACUUCCUAAUUAAUUUUAUUUUUUAUGAAAAUAAAAGCUGAAAGGUUGUAGUAAACCUGCAUAACCACGUGAAAAUUAAAAGUUUAAGUUCAUGCUUAUGUUUAUUGCACAGCAAAUCUAGCUAAUGAAUAUUUUUCUUUUCAUUUAUUUGUAUUGCUGAGCAAUAAAAACAGCUGAUUUCAAUAAUGAGAAUAAAUUGUAAAGUAAACACUAGCACACAUAGUGGGCAUGGAGGACUGAUUAAGAGCAAGGGGAAGUAAAUUUAGAGCAAGGAAAAUUUAUCAGCUGUUAUCGAAACUAGCUACUUUCAGUAUGGAAAGAUAAAAAAUUUUAAAAUACAAAAAAUGUGAAUUGUUAUUUGUUUUACCUAUGGCCGUUUUUUAGACUAGCUGUUUUGGUUCAGUUCUUAGAAUUGAAAGGAUUCACUUUUGUUUUCUCAAUUAACACUUUUAACAGCAUUGUUUUACUUAACAACAUGAGUGACGGACCAAUGAGGUUUAAGAAUUGAGAGGA